CUUCUCGACGAUUUGAAUGACGUCAUAUGUGUGCGACGAUACCAGGGAGCUGCGCUCUCCGCAGAGAGAAAAGCGAUGACAACAAGUUUAAAACAGGCUUUAAAAUCCCACUUUGGGUUCGACAACUUUAGGUCUAAAAUACAAGAAGAUGUUGUCAAAGCUGUCAUUAGAGGUGACAGGGACGUGUUUGUGUGCAUGCCUACUGGAGCAGGGAAGUCUCUGUGCUAUCAACUCCCAGCCAUGCUGGCUGAUGGCAUUACUCUGGUUAUAUCCCCUCUGAUCGCUCUCAUUCAGGACCAAGUGGAUCAUCUGAAGGAGCUGAACAUUCCCGCCUGUUCCAUUAACUCCAAGCUCCCAGCCAACGAGCGCCAUCUGAUCCUGGCCGACCUGGGAAGCAGCAGCCCGAAGCUGAAGCUUCUCUACAUCACUCCAGAGAUGGUGGCGUCGCCCUCCUUCCAGCCCUGCCUCACCAACCUGUGCUCCCGCGGUCUGCUGUCCUACCUGGCUGUGGACGAGGCCCACUGCGUCUCCCAGUGGGGCCAUGAUUUCAGACCAGACUACCUCAAACUCGGUAAACUGCGGGCUCGCUUACCGGGGGUCCCCUGUUUGGCUUUGACCGCGACGGCGCCCAGAAACGUACAGGAAGACAUCGUUCAGUCCCUGAGUCUGAACUCGCCGCUGUCUUUCGUCACGCCUGUUUUCCGCCGCAACUUGCACUACGAUGUGAUCUUCCGYGAUCAGCUGCCAAACCCUUUCGCCCACCUCUACACCUUCAUCAAAAAGGCACUAGCUUUGGGGAGUGGAUCUAAUGGACAGGGCUGUGGGAUUGUUUACUGUCGAACCAGAGAAGGCUGUGAAACUGUGGCUCACCAGCUGACGAAGCUUGGAAUCCUUUCCAAGCCGUAUCAUGCAGGUUUAAAGGCAGGAGAUCGCACAGAGGUGCAGAAUGACUGGAUGCAGGGGAGGAUGCUGGUUAUUGUGGCGACCAUCAGCUUUGGUAUGGGUGUGGAUAAGGCUAAUGUCAGAUUUGUGGCUCACUGGAACCUCGCCAAGUCUCUGGCCAGUUACUACCAGGAGUCGGGGCGAGCGGGACGAGACGGACUGCCCUCCUUGUGUCGCGCUUACUACUCCCCAAAGGACAAAGACCAAAUUUACUUCCUCAUUCGUCAGGAAGUCAUCCGCAGACAGGAAAAAAGAGGUUCUGUUAAAGAUACAGACAAAGCACCCAUCACAGACUUUGAAGCCAUGGUGUCGUUUUGUCUACAAGAGAGUUGUCGCCACGCCACCAUUUCCAAGUUUUUCGGGGACAAGAAGCCGAUCUGUGCCGGCGCCUGCGACUUCUGCCGGAACCCCAAAGCCGUCCGAGCUCAGCUGGAGCGAGCGGCCACGCUCAGCUCCCGCACCGAAGCAGCCCAGAGCCGAGAGCCAACGGGCCCGUUUGGGUUCCAGCCGGACGCUUACGACGGCGGGAACAGAGGCUACGGCUUCGAGAGGUUUGAUGAAGGGGAGGGAGGAAGUGGUGAUGAUGACACCAGAAAGAGGAAGAGGGAAUUUUCCGACCUCUACAAGAAGCAGAUGAACAUGAGGAAGGGCUCCAGCAGCCAGACGGAGGAGUUUUCUCCACCAGACGCCAGCUGCCCSCUUCUCGAGGCCAGCAGCCAGAGGAUCCCCAGGCUCACUGUGAAGACCCGAGAGCACUGCUUGCAGCGGCUGCAGGAGGCUCUGCAAGGCCAGCAGGGGGCAGGAAAUGCAUUAUACUGUAACAGUUUGAAGUUAGCGGUGGAUAUCGAACACGAGGUCUUCAAAAACAGCAAAUCCCUCAACUUAUAUAAGGCUGCUAUCUUAAAGAAGGUAUCUGAGAUGACGAAAGCUGCUUCAGCAGGGGGAGGAGAGCGACGAGGCAGCAGCGAUUCAAGAGAAGCUGAGACAAAACCCAAGGAAGAUCCACCUUCUUCUUCUUUAUAUCCCGAGCAGCUACAGGGGUUCACCUCUGCGUCUGAGAUCUACUCUAUGAAGCGAAAAAGAGUGGGAGCGGGCUGGGGGAGCUUCUCUAACCACCUUCCCAGUGCCAAGCAGACAGACAACAGUGGAUUUUUCAGUGACAGCGCAGAGGAAUCAGAUGUUAAAGACGCUGGGGAGAGAAUAAAAGAGGCGAAAACUGAAACGAUGCAGUCCAUAUCAUCAAUCAGAGCCAGAGCCUCUGCCGUCGGUGCGUCUCUGAGCAGCCCGACAAAAGCAGGCAGAGCCGUGAGCARGAAGCAGCAGAAGAUGGCAGAAGCUGCAAAGACUUCCCGCAACAUUUCUCAGUAUUUUACAAAUAAACAAACUGUGAAGCAGAGCUGCCGAGAGGAAGAGCAGGAGGCAGGUCGUUUGUCAGCUCAGACYGUCGGCGCGAGUCGGGAGGAGAGUGAAAACGAGGAGCAACCAGAGAGGAACCUCGUCCGAUCAGACACUCCUGAUCUGAUCCUGGUAGAGCCYGAGACGGAAGUUAUCGUUUUAUCUGAUGAUGAAGAGGAGGAAGAGCCGAGAGGGGACAGUUUUAAGCCUCUGCAAGACGCCUCUCAGCAAGAGACCUCAUCAAUCACAGAAGAACACAAACCUGGAGAAGAAGAAGAAGAAAAAGCAGCUAACCCUCCUUUAAUUCAAGAGGUCCCAAAUGAUGUAAAAGCAGAGAGAGUGACGUCUCUGGCGAAGCGCAGCCGGCCUGCAGACGGGACGAAAAGACGGGUGACUUUCAACCCCACCGUGCAGGAGAAGUCCCUGCAGCCGGACCCCAAGCCUCCCAAGCCCGUGACCCUAAAGGAAGCAGCUGAUAUCGUGGUCCAUUAUCUGGACCCCUUUUACACUCAGGGAAAGUUUGCCACUAAGGAGCUCUUCAAGUCUUUCGCUCGCUACUUGUCUCACCUCCUGACAGAGGACAGGAAUCAGGGUCAAGAUAAAGAUAAAGUUAAAGGUGAAGCCAAAGUUCUCAUCAAGAGAUUUUUCAGCAAAGUCCAGCGCUGCGAGAGCGAGGCAGACUGGGAGCACCUCAAAGCUCUGCCCAGCUGCAAAACUAUGCCGAGCAGGGAGUGAUGUGAAAUGGAGCCAUUUUCUGCGUUUAUUCUACUUUUAUCAGUGCCUAUAAGCUCCUCACAGACUUCAAGCUUGGCGACAGACUCCUGCUGAGUGCUUUUACUUUGAAAGCGAUGAUUUGGUUUACCGCUGRUGUCUGUGCAAAAACAAUAAAAUGGAAGAAAUUUUCUGCUUGAAGAAGGAGGAGUAAAAUUGUUUGCACAUUACUGCGAUGAAUGUUUUUAAUGUUUAGGCUGUUUUACUAUGUAAAGUUUAUUUUUGUACUUGCGGUAAGCCAUGUGUCAAAUUUCUGCAAGAUGUUUUUUUUUCUUUUUGUUUAUUUCAUUGUCGCCCGUUUUGUUAUAAAGCUUUAAAACGGUAAUGCCUGCUGUGAAGAAAUAAGUGUAACUUUGUGACAUUUAGUGGAUAAUAUCUUUAACAUGCUCACUUAUGCAAUAUGUUGGCAGAAAAACUGUUAAAAGCAGUAAACAGGGACUGAUUAAAACCAAACAAAAACCACUGAAA